AUGAGCUCCUACUUUGUCAAUCCGCUGUACUCCAAGUACAAGGCGGCGGCGGCGGCGGCGGCGGCAGGAGGGGGCGAGCCGCCCAUCAAUCCCUCUUACUACGACUGUCACUUUGCGCCCGCCGCCGCCGCCGCCGCCCUGCUCUACGGGAACAGCGCUGCAGCUGCCGCGGCCGCCGCCGCCGCCGCUGCAGCCGCGGCCGCCGCCUCAGGCUACCCCCCUGCGCCAUCGGCUCCUGGGCCCGGCCCGGCCGUUAGCGGCGCAGACUACUUCCACCCUUCUCCUCAUGCUCCUCUUCCUCCUCCCCACUCGCAGCAGCAGCAGCACCAGCACCUGGCCGGGGGGAGCCCCUCGCCUUACCAGCCUCCCCCGCCUCCCCCGCCUCCUCCUUUGCAAGCCCCCUGCUCCGGCCUGCCUUGUUCAGCGGAGCCGACCAAGUUUUACGGAUACGAUAACUUACAGCGACCGACGAUUUUUACGACACACCAAGAGGCCGAGCUGCUUCAGUAUCCCGAUUGUAAAUCGUCCUGUGCUAAUAUUGGCGAGGAACCAAGGCCCUUAAAUCAGAGCGCGUCUCCUUCUCCUGUGUUUCCCUGGAUGAGACCACAAGCAGCUCCUGGGAGGCGGAGAGGGAGGCAAACAUACAGCCGUUUCCAGACUCUGGAGCUGGAAAAGGAGUUCCUGUUUAACCCCUACUUGACCAGGAAGAGGAGGAUCGAGGUCUCCCAUGCGCUAGGACUGACUGAACGGCAGGUCAAGAUCUGGUUCCAGAACCGGAGGAUGAAAUGGAAAAAAGAGAACAACAAGGACAAGUUCCCUGCCACUCAGCAAGAGGGGAAGGAAGGAGAGGUCAAAAAGGAAGCCGACAGAGACCUGGAAGGACAAGCCUCGGCCCUGGCAAAUUAAACUCUUCCUCCUCCUCCUCCUCCUGCUGGGAACCUUGGCCAAAGACUUUGGGGGCAUCAACGGGAUAGAGGGGCCAGGUGCUUGCCUUGGUCUCUGCCAUGUCCACCAUGAUUGGGACUUCUCUCAAGGCACCUUUUGUUGUCUUUGAAACUACCUUCUGUGGGCUAGAUGAGAGUUAGACUUUUGUUACUGCGCCUUCUUAGCUGGAUUCCCAUAUGAUUAGUGCUGCACUUUCUACAUUUUUUAUUGUCCUUCCUUCCUUCCUUCCUUCCUUCCUUCCUUCCUUCCUUCCUUCCUUCCUUCCUUCCUUCCCUAUUUCUCCUUGGCCUUUGAUACUAAAAAGGGUAGCAGUUUUUUUACCUGCGGAUUUUUACUGGGGAUUUCAUUUUUUUCUCCAAGGACGGAAAGUCCAGCCUCUCUUAUUAUACUUUCAGAAUCAAACCAGCUAAGUGCACUUCUUUCAAAUUCUUCAGUUCCCCUUUCUUUCUCCUCAACUAAGUUAAUUAAGAAAGGAAAUAAUUUGUGGGCCGAUGAGGGACGCAAGGAAAUAUUUUAAUUAAACACUGAUUAUUUUUUCUUAGUAUCGAUAAUCAAAAUAAUAAUAAAAAAAAAUCCGACGUGUU